GUAACAUAUAUGUAUAGUGUUUUGCACGUAACGAACUCCACAUUUCCUUUCCUUUCUCAAACUCUCCAAAAAAUCUCACCGCCGGGAUGUCACCAACACCGUCUGCCGGAGUCCACGUUCCUCUCUUGACCGGAUCAAAUCCGGCGGCGGUUCCUGGUUCAAUCCCCGGUGCCGUAUUCAAUGUCGCCACCAGCAUAAUUGGCUCCGGAAUCAUGUCAAUUCCGGCGAUUCUCAAAGUUCUCGGUGUGCUUCCUUCCUUCGCCUUGAUUCUUAUUGUUGCCGUGCUCGCCGAAGUUUCUGUUGAUUUUCUCAUGCGUUUUACACAUGCUGGUGUAACCACGACAUACUCUGGUGUUAUGAAGGAAGCUUUUGGGUCCGUUGGAGCUUUAAGCGCUCAAGUUUGUGUUAUAAUCACUAACUUUGGGGGUUUAGUUCUCUUCCUAAUUAUCAUUGGGGAUGUUUUAUCUGGAAAGGAAAGUGGAGGUGAAGUGCACUUGGGACUUUUGCAACAGUGGUUUGGGAUUCAUUGGUGGAAUUCGAGGGAAGUUGCUCUUUUUAUCACCUUGGUUCUUGUUAUGCUUCCUUUGGUCUUGUACAAGCGUGUAGAAUCUUUGAAGUACAGUUCUGGAAUAUCAACUCUUCUUGCUGUGGCAUUUGUUACCAUUUGUUCUGGGUUGGCUAUUGUUGCUUUGGUGCAAGGAAAAACACAAACUCCUAAAUUGGUUCCUCGAUUAGACUACCAGACAUCAUUCUUUGAUUUGUUCACUGCAGUACCUGUUGUAGUUACAGCAUUCACAUUUCAUUUCAAUGUGCAUCCUAUUGGGUUUGAGCUUGCGAGUCCAUCUCAUAUGAAAACAGCAGUUCGAUUAGCAAUAAUGUUUUGUGCUGUUGUCUACUUUACAAUCGGUCUAUUUGGCUACCUUUUGUUUGGAGAUUCAACACAAUCAGACAUUCUAAUCAAUUUUGAUCAGAAUGCUGAUUCUGCUGUUGGUUCCUUGUUCAAUAGUUUAAUACGUGUAAGCUACGCACUCCACAUUAUGUUGGUAUUCCCUCUUAUAAAUUUCUCUUUAAGAGCCAACAUCGAUGAACUCCUAUUCCCUAAGAAGCCUCUGCUAGCCACAGACAACAAGAGAUUUGUGAUUAUCACUCUUGUGCUCUUAGUAUUCUCCUAUCUUGCUGCUAUAGCUAUCCCAGAUAUUUGGUACUUCUUUCAGUUUUUAGGAUCAACAACUGCCCUGUCCCUUGCCUUUGUUUUCCCUGGCACUAUUGUUUUAAGGGAUGCUCUUGGCAUAUCAACAAGACAGGACAAAAUUAUAGCACUGGUUAUGAUUAUAUUAGCUGUAGUGACAAGUGUAAUUGCAAUCUCCACCAACAUAUACAAUGCUUUAAGUAGCAAGUCAUAAAGUUGGUGCUCUCUUUUCCCAUUCUUUUGUUGUUGCUUUAUACUACAGAAAGUUUUAUAGGAGGGAGUUGGGGCGUGGAAGGGGCAAAAAUUCCAGGCUCAUUUUGUUGGUUUUCUUGGAUGCCUUGUUGUAAAAAUCUUGCAAGGAAUUGUUGUAAAUAAUAUCGAAGUAUCAAAGCAAUGAAAUUCAAGAGUCUAGCAGAAACAUGUGACAAAGUUGGGGUUGUAUUAGUUUCUUCAAAAAAAAUAUUUUUGUAUUAGUCAGAUCCAUGUGAACCUAGCUAAUUAUUGUUUGAAUGACUCAUCUGUUAUGUAAAUUACUAUAUGUCCCAUGUCAUUAUCUUGUCAAAUAAAAGGUCCCAUGCGAUGAUGGUAAU